GGGUGGAACCGAACCAACGAUCGUGCAAACUGGAACAUGCAAGGCAUUAAAAAGCGUAUAAAAGUCCAUGCCCAAGAACGUAGAAUUGUUAUUUUUGUUCAUUUCCUCCGAUCGGUCAGCCGAAUCGGUUCAACCAGCAGCAGCAGCAGCAGCGGCAGUAGUAGAAGCAGAAGUAAUAGACAAGCGACGCGACGCGCCAUGACAGUUUCAUCGAGGUCUCAUGCAGUUGCGCUGGUCCUGUGCUUGGCAAUGUCCCUGUUCCUGUGUCCGGUUGCCGCUUCCUAUCAUGCGCUGGCGCUCGAAGGAUGGCCGUACGCGUUUCCGUUGGGUCCGUGGCAUGAUUAUUCGCUGGCCGAGAAAGCGACAGUGCCGGUACCGAUCGAGCCAGUCGUCGCUGCUCACCUAGCGGAGUAUCCUGGUGCGUACGCCAUCAUGGCGACACGCGGCUCGAUCCACAUCGCACCCCUUCCUGGGCAUUCGGUAUCACAGUUCCAGUACAACUUCGAUGCACCACCGGGAACGUACUAGCUAGCGAGUCGAGAGUCGAGUCGAGUGUUUUGCAAUAAAUAGUUUGUUUUAUUUGUUAAUCC